AUGUCUUGCAUCCACUACAAGUUCUUCUCCAAGCUGGACUAUGAUACAGUCACCUUCAGUGGCUUUGACAUCUCCCUUUGCGACCUCAAGUGCAAGAUCAUGCGCAAGGAGAAGCUGAAGGCAGCCAACUGUGAUCUGCAGAUCAGCAAUGCCCAGACCAAAGAAGAAUACACAGAAGAUGCCCUGAUUCCUAAAAACUCAUUGGUAAUCGUUAAAAGAAUCCCUGCUGGAGGAGUUAAAGCUACCAGCAAAACGGAUGUUAUAAGUCGAACUGAGCCAGUGAGCAGAACAUCAGCAAAUGGUGAGUCUUCUGCAUCUAAUUCUCUGGCCCAGCUUUCAAAGACUGCCAACCUGGCUGAAGCCAGUGCUUCUGAAGAAGAUAAAAUAAAAGCCAUGAUGAUACAGUCUUUCCGUGAAUAUGAUCCAGUCCAUCCCAUGAAGAAGCCCUUGGCUACACCUCCACCAUCAUAUGUCUGCUUUCGGUGCGGAAAACCUGGCCACUAUAGAAAGGACUGCCCAAGAAAUGGGUGGAUCAUGUGCUAA